CCAGACCCCCUCCUCCCCCGUCCUCCUCCCUGCACCUCCGCCCCAUCAGUGAUCUCUGCUGCCUCCAUGCCGCUGCAUCCGCACUGAUACACGCACCGUUCUCGCACAUUCCCCUGCCAUUGGUCUUAAAUAAGAAGUAGAAAUCGUUUCAUGUCGACUGACGUCUGAUCGCUCAUUUGUUGUCUUCUCUACAGGGUGCGGUCACUUGAUUCCACCACCUGGAAGAAGCUGCUGUCUGGACUCCUUGCCGUGACAAUCACUCGUGCCAUGCAGGAGGUGUAAUCCUCCACGCUCCACUUCUCCCUGUGCCACGGUAACCCCCCCAACCUUCAACGAGUCAAGAUGUCAGACGCCGGCUCCUCACUGCCGACAGAACCCCGGCUGCCUCUGACGUCUCCACGUACGCCCCUGCAGCUCUCCUUCCCCUUCUUGAGAGAAGGCAGUCGUGUUUGGGAAAGUAAGCCCAUGAAGCCUGGAGAGCUGCCCAGUCCACUGCCCACCAAACGCACCCGAACAUACUCAGCGACAGUAAGAGCCAGGUCAGGGCCUGUAUUUAAAGGGGUGUGUAAAAACUUCUCCAGGUCUCAGGGUCACGGGUUCCUACGUCCUACUCACGGAGGAGAGGACAUCUUUGUCCACAUUUCUGACAUCGAGGGGGAGUACGUGCCUAUGGAAGGAGACGAAGUCACAUACAAGGUGUGCCCCAUCCCUCCCAAGAACCACAAGGUCCAGGCUGUUGAGGUGGUCAUCACCCAUCUAAACCCCGGAACCAAGCACGAGACCUGGUCGGGCCAAAUCAUCAGCUCCUAGAUAAGUACAACCAUCGACGGAGCUGCAGACAGUGCACAAGGACUGGUAUUUAAUUUCAGGAUUUUUGUUUUCAUGGCUUAAGAGCGGGGCCAGGUCAGAGCUGAGCUGGGAAGCUUUUGGAUCUAAAGGUUUUAGGGAUGACAUGAAGCUUUGAAUGCAAAUGUUAGAAUGUUUAAAUGUGAAGACCCUGGCGAGGUGGGAUCCACAGUACUGUAGGUGUUCAGGAGGUGAUGGGUUUAC